ACGGCGGGAGAGCAUAAUAACCCUUCUUCCCUCGCCCGUUCGUUCUCAGCAGACUCCGUCAGUGGCUCUGCCCUCACCCGCGUACUUGCUUUCCGUGCCCCGCUCCUUCUGCACCAUGUCGAACCCUCGAUGGCAGCUCGACGACUACCUCAAGAUACCAGGGCCCACCCAUGAUUCCUUCUACUGUCGCCCAGGCGAAGCCCCCGAACCCGACGCUCGCAAUGGCCCUAACAAUCAGUUUGGCUACCCGCGCCCGGGGCCGCAGUCGCCAACAGCUGCUCAGGCCACUGCCGCGCACUACUUCGUCGAGGACCCGACGUGGGCCAACAUCCUCGACCAUGGCCAAUUCCACGAUAUCGUCGUCGGCAGCGGCAUGUGCGCUCUUGCGUACGUCGACGAGGCGCUCAAAAGGGACCCUAAUCGCAAGAUCCUCAUUCUCGAGCGCGGAGGCUUCUGGCUCCCGGAGCACUUCCAGAACUUGCCCUUACCGUUCAAGCUCGUGCUUGGAGGACCUUCUGAGACGUACCCUUGGCAGCUCACCACGGAGACUGUAAAGAGCCCAGCGAAGUUCGUGCAUGGUUCGUGUCCCUUCUUCGGGGGUCGCAGCACCUUUUGGUCUGCUUGGUGCCCUCGUCCCGUCCACAAGGACAAGGGGAUCGACCUCAUGCGCGAUUUCCCUCAGUCCAUGAAGGACACAGUGGACGCUCCUGGCUUUUGGAAGCGCUGCGAAGACCUCCUCCAUGUCGAGUCCGCCAACCGCAUCAACGACCCGUGCUUUGGCCAGGCACUUCAGCGCGAGAUACAGAGCCGCCUCGACGAUGGACUCCGCGACAUUCCAACUGCGAUCAUGACGGAGCAUGCACGACUCGCCGUCGGACGCAAGCGCGCUAUGGCCAACAGUAUCACCUUCGAUAAGUUCUCCACCCCCGGGCCGCUGCUCGCCAUCUACGAGCGCCAGCGCAAGCUCGCCGAGAAGGGCGAGGGCAGCCCGCUCAUGAUCGCGACGGACGUUGUCGUAGAGCGCUUCGAGCUCGACCCGCAGGACAAGUUCAACCGGCCGAUCGUGCUGCAAACCUCGCGCGGCGCUCUGUGCUUCCCGGAGCGCGCCACGAACAUCAUCCUUGCCGCUGGCGCCUUCCCCAACACGACGAUCCUUAUGAACUCCAUCGGCGACCGUCUCAAGGACCGCGCGGGCUCGCGUGUGUCGGGGCACUAUAUAUCGCACAUCACAGCGCGAUUCCCUAUGUCCCUGCUGGGCAACAUCGAUCACCUGGAGCAUCUGGAGAUUGCGGCACACUACCUAGCCGGGGAGGAUGCUACGACGGGGCUGCAGUACCAUGUCCAGAUCACCGCGAUCCACUCUCCCUACCCCGAUGGUAGGGAUGCGGAGGAUGCGGCGCGGCUGUGCCCCGACUAUGCGGCGGCAGCUACGGCUGAGCAACUUGCUGAUUCGGAGAAACAUAUCCUUCUUGUGUGCGCGACGCUCGGCGAACUAGACGAAACGAAUGCGUCUUCGUGGAUGCAGCAUAACCCGUCGAUCUCAGACGUGACGACAAAUGUCCGCCUGCAGGUCCUCCCCAACACGAGGACCGAGUCUUGUACAAGGGUUAUGGAGGAGGCGACGUAUGAGGCAAUCGCAGUCAUGGCAGGGGGUCAUGAAGGCGAUGUCGAAUAUUGGCACGAUGCGUACGAGGACAAAGGCCCCAUCGAGAACGGGCAGUCCUCCACGCCUGGUCAAAGCGGCGCAGGAUGGAGGAAGGAGCGUCCCCCCGCAAAAUCAGUGCGCGUUCCGGGACUCGUGCACGAGACUUCGACGCUCUACAUGAGCGACAACCUCGACGGCGACCCGCAUGCCUCCGUCGACAGCUUGUACCGUCCGCGCAACUGCGAUAAUGUCUAUGUCACGGGUGGUGCCCUCUUCCCUACAUCGGGGUCAUGGAACCCGACUUUGACAAUGUGCGGCUUUGCCCAAGACUUAGCGAGAAAGCUCGCACGACGGUCCAAUCAACCACCGGGGCCAGUUAUUCCAUGGCCAUAG